ACCUGGACCACUGCUUCGCCCGCCACCGCGUCUGCAUCUCCUUCGGCCUCUGGAUCUGCGCCUCCUCCUUCUGGAUCGCCUCCCACACGCUGCUUCUCUAUCUGAGAUGUACAAAGAAGUCCAGACAGGACCAGUCUGCGCUGUGUGCCGCAUGCUGCCUCCUGACCAGCCUGUGUGACACCGUGGGGGCUGUGCUGGCCAGACAGCUCACCAUCCAGGUUUUCACUGGUGCCUACCUAGCGACUAUUGACCUAGUCAACUUUAUAUUCAUUCUCUUCCCAGUGUGUGGCUCCAAGUUCAAGUCACAUUCGGGCCGAGGCUCCCGGCAGAGGAUGAAGAGACAGCAGCUCAGGGCCAGCGUGUUUGCCUUGGCCCUGCCACUGAGUCUGGGCCCAUUCUGGGCACUCUGGGCCUCCAUCCCAAAGGCUUCCAGUCCGAUCCAGGGGCCACAGAGGAGGCUUCUAGGGAGCCUGCUUCAGGAAAAUAUUGAAAUCUUUGGCUACCUGCUGGGUGGCAUCGCUGCCUUGGGUGCAUGGGCCUCCCGGAUCCCUCCACUCUCCAGAAUCUGCCAGGGUAAGACGUUUCCCUCCCUCCACCUAUGGAUGCGGCUCCUGUCGGCCUUGGCCUGCCUGCUCUAUGCCUCGGCCAUCGUGGCCCACGACCGGAGGCCCGAGUACCUGCUGCGGGCCACGCCCUGGUUCCUGACCUCCCUCGGCCGAGCUGCACUGGACCUGGCUAUCAUUUUCCUUUGCUGCGUGAUGAAGAGCAAGAUGAGGCGGGUGCUGGGACUUGCCACAGAAGCCAGAGAGAGCCCCGACAGGCAAGCCCUCCUGACCUGUGCGGAGAGAGAGGAGGAAGAAAGCCGUGAGAAUUCAGAUUGGAUGCCUCUUACCACACUGCCAAACUGCAAGCCACUCAGGACGAUGGGAGCCAUCAGUCGCUAUAUGGAGCUGACCAUUGAGCCUGUUCAGCAGGUGAGCUGCAGUGCCAGUAGGCUCCCUGGCGAUGGACAGACAAGCACUGGAGACCUCUCCCUGCAGGAGCCCCCCUCAUACCCUCCCGUGCAGGUGAUCCGGGCCCGCGUGUCUUCCAGCAGCUCCUCCGAGGUCUCUUCCAUCAACUCCGACCUCGAGCAGAAGUAUUGGGAAGCCCUAAACUCAGAGCAGUGGGAUCCUGAAGACGUGAACCUUGAGAGGAGUAAAGAUAACAUAGAGAUGCUCAGAUCACAGGCCCGUGGGGACUCCAUGAGGCACUGGACUUGA